GUAACAGACAUUAAAGAAAAGCUAAAGCUCUCUAAAAAGUUCUGGUCAACAUUACCCUACACAAUCUGCAAGGAUGAGCGAGUGACAGCCGGUCCGUCAAUCGAGGAGGACUGCUGGAACGGCCACACCAAGGCGAGAUACCUGCCUGAGAUUAUGAACGAUGGCUUGACCAACCAGAUCAACAAUCCAGAAGUAGAUGUGGACAUCACAAGGCCAGACACCUUUAUUCGACAACAAAUCAUGGCCUUACGUGUCAUGACUAACAAACUGAAGAAUGCAUAUAAUGGAAAUGAUGUCAACUUCCAGGAUACAAGUGAUGAAACCAGCGGCUCGGGCAGCGGAAGUGGCUGUACGGAUGACAUCUGUCCCACCGAGUUUGAUUUCAUCACCACCGAAGCACCACCGGUCGACUCCGACAGGAGGGAGGUGGAAGCUUCAGCCACACAGCCUGGCUGGUCACUGCAGACAUUGCUCGUCGUCUUCAUCAGUCUUGUACUGCAGAGACAGUGGAGAUAA